UGUCAGAGAAUUACGUGGAGUCUCGGGUGAUGUUGUUUGGGAAAGUACAGGCAGUGCUGAAGGCCGUGACGUUUCGAGGUUUUUGGACUCAGGUUGGUCCAAGUUGGUUGACCAUGCGCUUUGAUUCCUUCCGCCAGUACACUGAAGGCGUGCCGACAGAGAUACAGCACAGAUGCGUACACCGAAUCGAUGCUCGAGCAGCGAGGUUGUCGACGAGCGUCGGAGGAAGGCAGGAAGAGAUGCCUGAGGGUGCGGUCGAAGUUGAUGCCAAUGAUUAGCAUGCGGCCCGGCGCGCCGAAGGUGUUAACGGGCACGGUGGACCCACAAAGGCGAACUGCCAACGAAGCUUUUCAGCCUUUCACCGGAAUCAAAGCCAGCGACAUGUCCGCCCGACGCCUCCUAUGCCUCCUCGCCCGCUCCGCGCCUUGCCUCUCCCUCCCUCCUGCCCAUACUGCCAACCUAGUCCGCAGCCAUGCGCCUCGCCGCCUUAGUCUCCCUCCUCUUCGCCGCGUCCGCCCUCGCCCAGCAGGUGCAGUACUCCCUCACCGACGCCUUCUCCGGCACGCAGUUCUUCGACGCCUUCGUUUGGGAGACCUUCAACGACCCCACGCACGGCCGCGUGAACUACGUCGACAUCAGCACCGCCAUUAAGAGCAACCUCUCCUACGCGAGCGGCUCGAAAUUCAUUAUGCGCGCGGACUCGACGAGCAUCGUGCCGUCCUACGCGCGCGGGCGCGACAGCGUGCGCAUCACGUCCAAGACCGCCUAUACGGAAGGCCUCUACAUCCUCGACCUCUCCCACAUGCCGACGGGGUGCGCGACUUGGCCGGCGUGGUGGACGUUCAGCAGGAACGGACCGUGGCCAUCUGGCGGAGAGAUAGACAUCAUUGAGGGCGUGAAUCAGAACACCGCUAACCUCGCGUCCCUGCACACGACACCCAACUGCUCCAUGCCCCCAAUCCGGCAGCAAACUGGAGCGACCGUCUCGACCGACUGCGACACCAACGUUAACUACAACCAGGGCUGCGGGACCUCGUUCACGAAGGCGAAUUCGUACGGCCCCGGCUUCAACGCGCAAGGCGGCGGCCACUACGUCCUCCUGCGCACCAAGGACGAGAUCUCCGUGUGGUUCUGGGCGCGCAGCGACCCUCUCACGCCUCCGGAGGUCCUCCUGUCUUCGCAGUCCACUCGCAUGCCCAGUCCUAGCAUAACGUGGGGUCCGCCCGACGCGAACUUUCCGCUCUCGAGCAACGGCGGGAACUGCGACUACGAGGCGCACUUCGACCCGCACCAUAUUAUCUUCGACUUGACGCUCUGCGGUGACUGGGCGGGCACAGCGUUCGCGACUUCGGGAUGCGGACCAAGCACCUGCGAAGAUUUCGUAAACAACAACCCCGCGAGCUUCGCUGAAGCGUACUGGGAAAUCAACUCGCUGCGGAUCUACACCUGA